AAAACACACAAAACACAAUCAAUUUCCACAUCGAGAAGAAGAAGAAUCGCCCAAUUUCGCAAUCUGGGCACAUGUUUAGAAAUGGAUUUCUUCGCGAUGAAGAGGAAGCAACUGCAAGCGCUGUGCAAAGAGCAUGGGAUUCGUGCCAAUUUGAAGAACACCGAAAUGGCCGAAAGGCUUACCUUGCUUUUCAAUGAAGAUGAGAAAUCCAUGACUGAUGUUGAACUGGUGGAGAAGCAGUUGGAUGCAACUGAAAUGGUGACUGGUUUUGUCGAAAGUCCCAAGGUUAAGAAAGUGAAGUUCAGUCCUAACAAUGAGACCUUUUACUUUGUGGCUACUGACAAGGACUCGGACUCCGAUUGUGAUUACAGUCCGAAGAAGAAGUCUAGGGGGGAGAAGGCUUUAGGAAAGAAGGAAGUUAUUGCAGGAGAAGUCGAAGUAGUGGAGAUCAAGGACAUUCCUGUUCGUGUUUUGAGAUCUCGAAAGCAAAAGGUGGUUUCAGGAGCUGUUGAGUCGAUUGUUUCGCCUCGUCAAGUGAUGAGUGGUGUUGAAAAUGUUGAUGGGAAAGGUAUCAAACCUGUUAAAUUUCAGAAGGAAAGUAAUGCAAUUGUGCUUCGCAAGGGAAAGGUGAUUGUAAGAGAUGAUGCCAGAAAGAGAACAAGGAACGAGAAUUCAGAAGGAGCUUCCCAAGUGGUGCCGAGUGUAGAAGCAGCGGUAGAAAAUGAAGUUAUCUUACCUAAACCUCCUUUAAGGAGGUCCAAACGAAAAACCACAUUGUUUUCACCUGUGGCUGGUGCUGAGAAGGAGUUGGGAAUUUCUGAAGCUGUUGAAACUGUGAAACUAGGAAGAGAGCCGGUUACUAGAAAGGAUGCUGCUAAACCUGGAAGGAGGUCUAACAGGAUUGCUUGUAAAAAGCUAUCAGCAGAAACCAGUGAUGACAUGAUUGCAACUGCUGUGGAAAUGGAUGGGCUUAUAAAAGAAAAUCAAGAGCCAUCGCUGUUAGAGGGGAGUUCAUUAGUUGUGUAUGAGUCAUUAGAUAGAUCUACUGUGCUGCAGAUUGGCAAGGAAGUGGAAAGAGAUGUUGCUAGAAAACGACCAAGGAAUAAAGACUUUGGAGGGAAUUCCAAAGUUGAGCCAAGUCUGGAAAAUGAAGUACUUCCACCCAAGAGUCAUUCAAGGAGAUCUAACAGCAGGACUGCAUCAUUGACAGAAUUAAGUAUGCCACUUGAAGAAUCAAAGAUAGAUGUUGGAUCGGAAGUACAACCUGUAGGAAAUGGAAAUAAAACUGGUUGUUGUUUUAACAAAGAAGCUGUAGAAAAGUCAAGAAAGAAGAGGAAGGGAUCAAGGAAGAAGAUAGACUCAACCACAAAGGAUCAUCCUGAUAGUUUUGCAAUAUCUACUGUAUAUUCGGACUUUGAGAAAAGGACGGAUAUUUUGGCUCAUCUGAAUGAAAAUCAGCUUGUGGAAUCUGUGAACUUUCAGGGGACCUCUAUGUUCCAUAAGGAACAUAAUGCUAUACAACCCGUUAUUAAUCAUAUGGAAAGUGCUGCUUUAGAAGAUGCCUUCUUCAGCAAGUCCUCAAUCUACAGUAACUCUGCUGUGGGUGUUAUGGAGGAUACUGAUCAAGAAAACACAGUUGAACAAAACCCACUAGCAUCUCCGGAUAAGCUCAGCAAUGUGGUGGUUUCCUCUAAGUUUGCAUGUGUACGUCAUGUUCGAUCAAUGACCUAUGGACCAGUAUGUGAAGGUCAAACUUCCAACUUUUUGGACUUGAAUGGAGAAUCUGAAACAGAAGAGUUGGUUGUUAAAUCCAUAAGUCGAAUAGGUGGUGUGCUGGAUAAUCAAUUGGCAAAUGGUGUCAAAGGUAAUGUUUCCGAGGAUCAGAAAUCAAUUGGCACAACAGUAAUGGUUCAAGUUAAGAUGGAGUCUAGAAAACCUGCUGAAGCUGCUGCAGAGACAAUUGGAGAAAUGCAUCUGGAUAUAACUGUCCCCAGUGAUACUACUCUAAGUCCAUUAGAUGCUUCAGCGGUAAAGAAAGCUGAUGGUGAUGCCCAAAACUCAUCUACCUCUGGGGUCUCUUGUACCAAUGGUGAAUAUGAACAAGGGGUUGCUGAACUAGAUGUAGGUGAAAAUUCUGAUGGGCAUGUGGAGAUUAUGCACAGUGAGAAUGCAAUGGAUGAUGGGGAUGGCAAAGAAAUAUUUGAAAACUGUGAUCAACAUGGCGAGCAGUCUAUUUUGGAAGGUAAUGAAAGAUUAAAAGAGGAAAACAUUGUAUCUGCUAUGAUACAAGAGUAUGUAGAUAGUGAGAAAGAUAGGAAUGACCAUUUAGAGGUCAAGAGUUCUAAUAUAUCCAUCCAUAAAGAAAUGUUUUCUGAGACUGCUGAAAAUCAGAGAGCAUGUGAAGUUACAGAACUUGAAUCACAAGAUGAAAUUAAUUUUGGAAGUCCUAAGAACUGCAAACAAAUAUCCUCCGAGCUGGAAAAAUGUGCUUCUGCAGCUUCGAGUGACUCCAUAUCUAGGGAUGACAAAACUGCAAAAAGGAUGGCAUAUGCAUGGAAAUUGGGUGAAAAUUCAAGUUCCAAGGUUAUCCGAGGAGGAGAAAGCCUUUCCUUUUCCAUCUGCUCUGAUGACCAUACACACAAGAAUGAUGCAGCAGACAUAACUGGUCCAGGACGCAUGGAAAUUAGAAAGGAGAAUACUGUGGAUGACGAAAUGGUUGAGGAAAAACCAAUUAGGAGCAAAUCAGAUGGUUGGAAGGAUCCAGAAAGGAAGAAUAUGCAUAUGCUAGUUGGUGACAAUGAUGGCACGGAUAGUUUUGGAAUGCUGGAAGAAGUCUCACGGGAGAAGGUUGACGAAGGUCUAGAUACUGGCAUAUACGGAUCUGAGGAAGAAACCCACACACUACAUUCCAAAGACACUGAGGAAGUACAUGAUCUCCAUAAUAUAGGUACUUCGGCUAACUGUUCUGCUGAUUCCACUGAAUCCUCUAUGCUAAAACCUGAAAUGGGUGUUGAUUUUUCAACUGAUUCUCCAGUUACUGCUUCUGAUCUUGAAAACAAAGUCUUGGAAUUAGAGGCUGCCUCACCCAUAUUGAAUAAUUCUGUGAUGAACGGAGUUUUCAGAGAUGACCAAACUUCUGGACUCAACAAAUCAGGCCCUGAGAUGUCGAAAGGCAAUUCAAAGAGUGAAUAUAUUGAGGAUGUGAAAUGUGAUGACACAUUUGAAGAAAACCCUAUAGCAUCUCCAUGUACACUUAGCAGUAUGAUGGUUUCUUCUAAUAUUGCAUGUGUACAUGAUGUUCGGUCAUUCACCUAUCAACCAGAAUGUGAAGGUCAAACUUCCAACUUAGUGGACUUGAAUGAAGGAUCAAAAACAGAAGAUUCAGUGAUUGUUAAAUCCAUAAGUCGAAGAUGUGCUGUGCUGGAUGAUCAAUUGGCAAGCGGCGUCACAGCUGGUGUUUCCGAGGAUCAGAAAUUAAUUGACCAAAUAGUAAUGGUUCAAGUUGAUAUGGAGUCUAAAAAACCUACUGAAGCUGCUGCUGAGGCAGUUGGAGAAAUUCAUCUGGGUACCGUUCCCAGUGAUACUAUUCUAACUCGAUUAGAUUCUUCACCGGUAGACCAAGUUGGGAAUGAGUUUCAAGUUGAUUGUGCUCUUGCUGGAGGAAUAAAUAUGAAUAUUGGAACAAAAUUCUCUCCUACAUGUGUGUCUGAAGUUCCUGAUGAAACAACAUUUUCCUGGGACAAACAGACACUAGGUAAUCGUGAUAGUACAAAAGAAGUUAUGCGAGCAGAUAAUGAAUCCGUUAAGGCAUUAGAUAGAUCCCAAAUGAUACCUAUUGUUACUCAAGAGGUUGUUUAUCAUACUGGAAGAAACUCAGAGUUUGAUGAUAGUGUAAUGCUGGAUUCACAUAAUAUAGAUGGUCAGGUUGCUAAAGUUAAAUUUCCAGAAAUCUCAGGUGUUACUGAAGACAGUGAAGAGAAGUAUGAGAAUGAAUCCGCUUAUGAUGGGGCGACAAAAGAAGUUGUGUCAGCAGAUAAUGAACCUUUUGAGGAAUUAGAUAUUGAUCGAACAUUACCUCCUGUUUUGGAAGAGGUAAUUGAGUGUAUUGAAAAAAGCUCAAAUUUGGACGAGAGUGUCUCUCCUGAUUUACAGAAUGCAGAUGGUCAGGUUGCUGAGGACGAAUUCUUGAAUGAAAACUUUGGCAAUGCCAACAGAGAAAGUGAAGAGAAGAGUGAUGCAUUUGAUAUUGUUCAAAUGUUACAACCUGCUGUUGAGGUUGAAAAAGGCUCAAACUCGGAUGAUAGUGUCCUUCCUGAUUUACCGAACACAGAUGGCCAGGUUGCUGAGAAUAAAUUCUUGAAUGAAAUUUUUGUUAAUGCCCCUGAAGAAAUUGAAGAGAAAUAUGAGCCUAAAUCCUCAAAUAGCGAUAGAAGUCCAAUCACCAUAGCCAAAAGGAUAAUGGAUGAACUUGAGCGUGGCACAAUGCCUGUAGUUUUAAAAUCUAAUGGUGAUGCCCAACACUCAUCUUCCUGCGGGGUCUCUUAUAGCAAUGAUGAAUACGAACAAGGAGAUCUAAACUGCAGCGAGGGUGACAAAAACAAUCUGAAAGAAAAGGAGAUUGUUGUUGAGGAUCUAGGCAAGGAUCCUGAAAGGAUGAAUCUGCAUAUGCCAGUUGGUGACAAUGCUAGAACAGAUGGUUUCGGAAUGCUGGAAAGUCUUUCAGGUGAGAAUGUUGAUGAAGGUCCAGAUACUGGAGUAUGUGGUUGCGAGGAAGAAAACCACAUACUAAUUUCCGAAGAGACUGAGGAAAUACUUGAUCUCCAUAAUAUUGGUAGUUUGGUCACUUGUUCUGCUGAUUCCACCAAACCCUCUAUGCUAAAACCAGAAGUGGGUGAUGAUUGUCCUACUGACUCUCCAGUUACUACUAAUCAUGUUAAAUGCUCCUUGCAUGAAGAAAACGAAUCCUUGGAAUUAGAGGCUGUCUCACCCAUAUCGAACAGUUUUGGGAUGAAAGGACUUCUCAGAGAUGACCAAACUUCUGGCUUCAAGAAAUCAGGCCUGGAGAUGUCCAAAAGCAAUUCAAAGAGUGAAUAUAUUGAGGAUUUGAAGAAUACAAAAGAACGCAUUGAUAAUUCACAAGAUGUUAUAGAGGAACUUUAUCAUCAGGAGCAUAAAGUGAUGGGGCAAGUAGUGGAGCCGAAAUUCACUCAGGAAAUGAGUAAUCAGUGCCACAUUGGUUCUGCUUUAAUGGAUACUAAUGUUUGUAUUCCAAGUAUUUGGGAUGACUCAGAAGUCAAACCAUGCACUGAUAACACUUGUGCCAAACCUCAAAAGUGUUCAGGUGGUGCCAUUGCCUCAGUGUUUAAUGUUUUUCCAUCUCUUGGAGAUCUAUGUGGAUUAAAAGCGUUUAGUAAGGCUGACAGUGAAAAUGCUAAAGAGAAGGUGUUGACUAAUGCUUGUUCAGUAGGUCAACCAGCAGAAAAUUUGAGAGUUUCAGAAGACCUAGAAGCUCAUACUACGAUUGGUAAUGUAAUGUUGAUAAAGCAGGAAGCAGAUGCAAAUUCUCUGCUAUCAUUUGGUAAUGUAGGUCCCAACAUAGUGUCUCCAGAAGUGGUUGAGUCUUCGAAAAACAAUAUGGCUGCUCAAUUUGCUGGUUUUGAGGUUUCAAAUCUGAGAUCAAAUGAAGCAUCAAGUUCCAAGGGUUCUACUUUAGAUGACCAGAUUAAAUGCAAUCUUGGUAAUGAUGUACUGGUUUAUGGCAAUAAAGACAACAAUGUAGCAGACAAAGUAAACACUGGAAGUAUUGAAGCAAUAACUGGUAUCAAGAAUGUCAGUGAUGGGGUUAAGUCGGUUGAGAUAACCGCACAAAGAUUGGAUGGUGACGGCCUGUCAGGCGAACGAAACUCUGCAUAUGUCAAAUCAUUUUUUGAUAUUUCUCGUAGCAGGACAGAAAGUGAUUCUCCUCUCUCAUUGCAAAAUGUUUCACUUUCUUGUGGUGUUUUUGAAAAGAGGCAUCUGUCUGUGCAAGGAGGUUAUGACUCUAUAGGCUUGAAGCCAGGAAGAGUCUCAAGCUUGAAGUUCGAAGAUGCAGGCAAAGAUGGUAUUAUUGAUACCUCGGUUUCUGGUUUAAGGCAUGAUCAAACAGAAAUUAUUGCCAUGGAGAAUAUAGGCUCGCCUUUAGUCAACAGUCUUGGGAUGAAUUGGAUUUUUGGAGAUGAAGUUCACAAUUCGGAUCCAGAGAUGUCAAACGCCACUUCAAGUAGUGAAGAUGUUAAGAUAGGGAAUGGAGGUGUAGCUAGUCCACAAGUUGGUGCAGGGGAAGAAGUUGUGAAGCUGAAAUCUACUCAGGAAUUGGAACUGGAUUCAAUCAAAGGAAGAGCUCUAGAGGCAGAUUUGAAGAUAAGUAUUGGUGUUUCUACUACACCUAUUCGGAAGAAGAAGACGCAGAGAGAUAUUUUUAUCCCUAAAACUCCAAAGAAUCUUAUCGAUAGGUCUGAUAUGAAGGAAAAUUUCAAUGCCAGAAAGAGUGAGCAAGUAACAAACAUCACUUCAGGGAAACCUCUGAAUAACAGGCGAGCAUUGGAGGAUCUCCAAAACAAGUAA